AUGUCAGACUCGAUACUUUCCAACUGGUUCAAUUCAUUACCUUUAUCGGAGUAUCAACAAGCCUGGGAAACUACAGUUAGUCAUGGACAACCAAAAGUUCCAGUUACUGAACACUUAGGAGACCCAAAAUUGAAAGUUUCUACCGGUCCACUUCUUCGUUUGGUCUCCGCUUUUGAAAAUAAGUCCAAUAAUUACAGGGCAACUAUUUUGGUGGUGACAAAAGACGAUGAGAGUGAUUAUUCGAAGAACCCAACAAUUAGGUAUCAUAUUGGACCCGCUCACCGAAACGACUUGAAGGAACAUCUGCUAUCGGAUGUCAUUUCAACUGGUGAAUUUCCUGUAAUCAAGCUUCAUCAGGAGCAAGGCUACAGCUUUUGGAGAUUUUCUGUUGAGCUUGAUUUGAUUCAUUACGAACAGAGAAUUAAGUACUCUCUCAACGGUUUUAUUAACGAUAGUUAUCAAUUUUUUGUUCCAAGGAAUGACCAAAACAUGAAUGUUGUGGCAUUUUCUUGUAAUGGAUUCUCUUUAAGUACGGAUACCUCCACUUUUAAGGGUUCCUUAUGGCUAGAUGUUUUGCGAAACCAUGACAGAAAGAACUAUCAUGUGAUGAUUGGGGAGCUGAAAGCAUCAUUUGAUCAGUUCUACUUAAAUCACUAUUUACAGUGGUUUGGGUCUGGCUUCAUGUCAGGCUUGAAAGGCAGCACUUUGCAAACUGCAUUUCCAACGGCUAUGGCACAAAUUCCCUCGAUUUGCAUAUUUGACGAUCAUGAUAUUAUUGACGGAUUUGGGAGUUACUCUGAUAGGACCAUGUCUCAACCUAUCUUUAAAGGAGUUGGUAAAGCGGCAUUUAAAUAUUAUGUUCUUUUCCAACAUCAUAGCUCUAUAGAAGAGGAUCUUUCCAAGGAGCCUGGAAGAAUCCUUGGAUAUGAGCCGGGGCCCUUCAUUGACCAAAAAUCGAUUUCUCUUUUCACACGACUUGGAAAAGACAUUGCUACUAUUGGCGUUGAUUGUCGAACAGAAAGACGUUUGAAAAGAGUUAUUACUCCCGAGACGUACAAAAGAAUUUUUCUUAAACUAGAGACAGAGUUUACUGCUGCUCCCUUCCAACAUCUUUAUGUGCAAUUAGGUGUCCCUAUUGCUUAUCCUCGUUUGGUAUGGUUGGAAAAGUUGCUCGACUCUAAAUUAUUAGCUCCAAUUAAGUUUUUGGCACGGAAAGGAAUUGUUCUUAACAGUUUAGUAAAUGAGUUUGAUGGAUCCGUAGAAGUUUUGGAUGACUUGAAUGACCAUUGGUGUUCGCAUAACCACAAAAAAGAAAGAAAUUGGUUCAUAGAAAAACUUAUUGAUUUCUCCGAACGACACAAAGUUCGCAUUACCAUCAUUUCAGGCGAUGUUCACUUGUGUUGUGUUGGCAGAUUUCAUAGUCGAACUCACAUCUCUCACCCAGUGCCUUCAGAUGCUGUAAAGGAGGAGAAUAAAAACAUUUUGAAAGCUCCAGAACAUGACUCAAGACUAAUUUUCAAUGUCAUCACGUCAGCUAUUGUGAACACACCUCCACCAGAUAUGAUGGCAACCUUGUUAGACAAAAGAUCGAAAGUUCAUCAUUUUGAUUCAACUACAGAUGAGGAUAUGGUUCCAAUGUUCAUGUUAGAUAGCAAUGGAAGAAAACGAGACAAUGUUCAUUUCAUGAACAGACGCAAUUGGUGUGAGUUGAUUCCAGUCAAAAAUCUGAACAGUUCAGAUUAUAAAGUUAAAGAUAGAGUUCUUCCUGGUCCUGUAGCAAAUCAGGAUGAUGGUACCUCUGCUAACGCCUCGACUAACAAUAUUGAACAUUACACACCCUACCCUGUCACUGAGGAAGGUGUGGUAAUGUUUCUUCAUGUAGAAAAAAAUCAUGAGGAUUUAAGUGGGGCUACUUCAGAAUAUCAGCUGACUAUUCCCUCCUUGACAUAG